AUGGAUGAAGCUGAUCAUUACGAGACGUUAGGUUCUAGUACUGGUGAUGUAAGCGAACGCCCUCCUCCUCCUGCGGAUUCUCCUGGUGGACUACCUCCAACUCCAGGCACCUCAACGACACUCUCCGAUAAACAGCAAUCAACAGGAACAGAUAAGGAGCUCAAAUCUUUCCGUAACAACAUGAAGUCGUUUUCAGCUGAAGCAUUAAGAAGUCGGAAUCAUGCCCAGUUGCAGUGUAUGGUGGUAUCAUUCACAGCGUUUUGGUCACUAUUAGCUGUUUUGAUCUCAAUGAUUGUUUUAGCCGUCAAUAAAACCAAACUGUUUUUGUAG